AUGGGUGGAAAAGUUGAUGCAUCUGUCAACCAAUCAAAGGGACCAAGAACAUUUCGAUUGUCUAGGCAAAAUUAUCAUAAAAUUGGAAGUUUACUGCCUACAGAGGGAUCAUCUCCAAGAUCCGCACAAUUGUAUAUUUAUGAUACAGAAAAUGAGGUGGACAAUAGAAUUCAGGCUAUCAGUCGUGGCGAAAGUAACAUUCAAAUAAAUGCUGAAAUUGUGAAUGAACUGAAGCAAAUGCUAGAUGAACACAAUGUAUUAGCAAAAUUGAUAGGGAAAAGAGGCUUCGAUGGAAGAAGAUACAACUUACCAUCAGUUUCAGAGGUUGCAGCUUUGGUCGUUGGUGAUUUUGAACCAAAAAUGUCAGACAGAGAUAUUAUUAUUGAAAGUCAAUCUGGACAGCUUAAGAGGAUAAAUGAAUUGAAUGCCUCAUAUUUAGGAUUGCAAUAUCCUCUACUCUUUCUAUAUGGUGAAGAUGGAUAUAGAGAAGAUAUUCCUUUAAAUCUUAAGGAUGAAUCAAGUGGUGGAAGAAAAUGUGUUAGCUGCCGUGAAUACUUCUCAUACAAAAUUCAAGAAAGGAAGCAUGAUGAUUCAACUAUUGUGUUAUCUAAAAGAUUAUUUCGGCAAUUCUUAGUUGAUGGGUUAGAAAAAGCUGUUUUAAGAAGAGACACAGAACCGUCUUCUCAAGGACAGAGAGUUAUACUUUCUUCAUCAUUCACUGGAGGGGCACGUUACAUGUUGCGAAAUUAUCAGGAUGCCAUAAAAAUUUGCAAAUGGGCUGGAUACCCUGAUAUUUUCAUCACAUUUACUUGGAAUUCAAAAUGGCCAGAGGUUACUAGAUUUGGGAAGUGUAGGGGAUUGUCUCCGGAAGAUCGUCCAGACAUUUUAACAAGGAUUUUAAAAAUCAAAUUGGAUCAAUUGUUAAGAGAUCUGCGAGACAAUAAUGUUUUUGGUGAAGUAAAAACAGUGAUUUAUACCACUGAAUUUCAAAAGCGUGGUUUGCCUCAUGCACAUUUCCUACUUUUUCUUCAUAAUAAAUGUCCAAAUACUGCCAAUAUUGAUGACAUUAUUUCAGCUGAAUUGCCUGACAAUUUAGUUGAUCCUCAAUAUUAUGCGACUGUUACAAAUUUAAUGAUUCAUGGACCAUGUGGUACUGCAAGAAAAUCUUCUCCUUGCAUGCAAAAUGUUGAUGAUGAAGGGUAUCCUAUAUACAGAAGAAGGGAUGAUGGAAGAUCUACAAAGAGAGCAGGCCAUGAUCGUGUAACUGCUACUUUUUCUCAAAGUGAAAAUACUGAUGACUCAAGAGUUGUUGAUGAAAUAAAUAUGCAUUGUGAUUGUCGGUAUAUAUCGCCAUGUGAAGCAGCUUGGAGAAUUUUUAAAUUCUCAAUCCAUCAUAGAGAACCAUCUGUAGAAAGGUUACCCUUUCAUCUGGAUGGCAAUCAAAAUGUCAUAUUUUCAAAUGAUGAUUCGAUUGAUGUAGUAGUUAACAGAUCAACCGUAAAAGAAUCAAUGUUUUUAAAAUGGUUUGAAGCAAAUAAGGAAUUUCCUGAAGCAAGAGAGCUAACAUAUGCAGAAUUUCUUCUAAAAAUUUUCUUUGUUCCUCUGGGAUCUGGAGAGCAAUAUUAUCUUAGAUUGUUGUUGAAUGUUAUCAAAGGUCCAACAUCCUAUGAGGAUCUUACAAAAAUAAAUGGUCAUGAUCAUAAGAAUUUCAGGGAUGCGUGUUAUGCUCUAGGUUUAUUAGACGAUGACAAAGAGUACGUGGAUGCUAUAGUGGAAGCAAAAGUUAACCUAACAGAUAAUGAUCUAGAAAAUCUUUGCUUGCAAAAGAUUGACCACUUUAUAAAAGGUUGCAGAAGAAGUUUUCUUAAUUUUCCAACAAUGCCAAUGCCUGUUUAUAACGAGGAAGAGGUUGACCAGAAUAAUAGAUUAAUCUUUGAUGAAAUGCGUUAUAACAGAUGA